AUGAGGAGACAAACGCAACGGAUGAUGAGUGUCGAGGACGAGGAUAAAGACCACCCUGACGGUAAUAACAACUAUAACGCUGGUGAAAUGACAGAUACGGCGAUGAUGCCACCUUUGAAGAGACUGCUUGUCGCGAACAGCAGCGAAGACUUGCCACACGGAUCGUCGGGCAAGAAGAAGAUGGCGAUGGCGACGAGGUCGCCAUCGCCAUCGCCAGGCUUGCCCACGAACGACGGCGGCACUAGGGUGCAGCCGUUGCCAGAAUACAACUUCACCAAGUUCUGCUAUCGGCACAACCCGGAUAUACAGUUUUCCCCCACUCACACGGCAUGCUACAAGCAGGAUUUGAAGCGAACGCAGGAGAUCAACGCCAACAUCGCGAAGCUGCCCUUGCACGAGCAAUCGGACAUCCAUCACAUUAUCUCGAAAUACAGUAAUUCCAACGACAAGAUACGAAAGCUGAUCCUGGAUGGGAUCCUGGCGACGAGCUGCUUCCCGCAGCUGUCGUACAUCUCGUCGCACGUCACGCACAUGAUCAAGAUCGACUUCAUCAGCAUCAUGCCCCAGGAGCUGUCGUUGAAGAUCCUGAGCUACUUGGACUGCCAGUCGCUUUGCAACGCCACGAGGGUGUGCCGCAAGUGGCAGAAACUUGCCGACGACGACAGGGUAUGGUACCACAUGUGCGAGCAGCAUAUUGAUAGAAAAUGCCCCAACUGUGGCUGGGGGCUGCCCCUCCUGCACAUGAAGCGCGCCCGGAUACAGCAAAGCGACCCUGGCUCGACCUCCAAUGCAGGCGCCCAGGCGCAAGGUACGCGACCUUGGAAGGUCAUCUACAGAGAGCGGUUCAAGGUCGAGUCCAACUGGAGAAAGGGCCACUGCAGGAUCCAGGAGUUCAAGGGCCAUAUGGACGGCGUGCUGACGCUCCAGUUCAACUACAGGCUGCUGUUCACGGGCUCGUACGACUCCACCAUAGGCAUAUGGGACCUGUUCACGGGCAAACUAAUAAGAAGACUCAGCGGCCACACAGACGGUGUCAAGACCCUGUACUUCGACGACAGGAAGCUGAUUACGGGCUCGCUCGAUAAGACUAUCCGCGUUUGGAACUACAUAACGGGCGAAUGCAUCUCCACGUACCGGGGCCAUUCGGAUAGCGUGCUGAGCGUGGACUCGUACCAGAAGGUCAUCGUCUCGGGCAGUGCAGACAAGACGGUCAAAGUGUGGCACGUGGAGUCAAGGACAUGCUACACUCUGCGGGGCCACACAGAGUGGGUCAACUGCGUCAAGCUGCAUCCCAAGAGUUUUUCGUGUUUCAGUUGCAGCGACGACACCACAAUACGAAUGUGGGACAUUCGGACCAAUUCGUGCCUAAAGGUGUUCAGAGGCCAUGUGGGGCAAGUGCAGAAGAUCAUACCGUUGACCAUAAAGGAUGCGGAGAAUCUGGCCACGGACAACACCUCCGACGGCGGGGGUUCCUUGCAGGACGGCUCGGCAAUGAUCGAUGAACCGGAAGCAGUGGCGGGCGACCAGGAGGCCGCCGCCCUGGACGAAUCCAUACCUUACCCAACGCACCUGCUCUCUUGCGGGCUGGACAACACCAUCAAACUAUGGGACGUCAAAACGGGGAAAUGCAUAAGAACACAGUUUGGACACGUGGAGGGUGUUUGGGACAUCGCCGCGGACAACUUCCGCAUAAUCAGUGGGUCUCACGACGGGAGCAUCAAGGUCUGGGACUUGCAAAGCGGCAAGUGUAUGCACACGUUCCAAGGACGCAGACUACAGAGAGACACUCAACCCACCCAAACGCAGUCCCUGGGCGACAAAGUCGCUCCCAUCGCAUGUGUUUGUAUUGGCGAUUCGGAGUGCUUCAGCGGUGAUGAGUUCGGAUGUGUGAAGAUGUACAAGUUCGAUCUCAGCGACUAG